AUGAAAUCAGACCCACCGUGGUCUUGUGUUCGAAUUCGAUACUGGUGUCUCUGGAGAAAACAGGGACUAGAAAGGCUGCAAAUGGGAGGCGUUCUGAAGCCUGCAAAGUUUCCAGUAUGGUUUGCUCUAAUGGCAAUCGUCAAAAACUUAGCAGAAAGUUCAGACUAUGAGCUAUUUUAUUAUAGUGGAUCCAUCGUACUACUAGAGGAUCACCACUGCUCAUUAGCAGUCCCAAAAGAUCUAUUCUUCGGACUGAACGGAGGUCGGUACUUCAUUGAGGUCACCGAAAAGUCCUUGGAGUCCUCGAUGAUCAACAUACCUCCUGGACUGUUUCAGCACACGAGUUGCACAGUUGGUAUCGAAACUGGUCCAGCCACAUUUCGGUAG